GUUGGACUACGGUAGCUUGGCCCUUCUUGCUUCCCUCGAGCGCUCUCGAGAGGGGCUCAGAGUCAGAGUCACGGUGCAGCAAAAGCUUGCAGAGGGGCUCAGGAUUUUGCAGUGCUGAUGGCCGCGUCAAGUGCAAGCUUCACGCAGUGCUGGAGGCUUUCCCAGCUGCACUCCGGAGGUUUGAGUUUGGCCGUUCUUGAAUGUUCUGCCAAUGCUGGCAAGAACCUAAAAAGCUGUCCACUUCCAAAUUCCAAGCUUUUGUUCCGGCCUACUCCAAAUGAGAAGUGGCGGAGGAUUGUGCAUUCAACAAAAAAUAGAGAGAGACAGCGAAGGCAGCGGCCCUUACAAGCGAUGGCAAGUGUUGGCAGCCUAGAAAGCUCUGGUGAAGAUGCUCCAGACGUUAGAGAGUUGCAAGAAAGCACGCGGUUACUGCAGAUUGUCAAUGACUUUGACCCAUACUCUGCCAUGAGCACGCCCAUCUACCAGACCGCCACCUUUGCUCAACCCUCCGCUACAGAGAAUGGGCCGUACGACUACACCCGGAGCGGAAACCCCACUCGGGCAGCCCUCGAAAAGGUGUUGGCAGAUGCUGAGGGGGCGAAGCGCGCAUUUGCGUUCACCACAGGCAUGGCUGCGCUGGCCGUCGUGACAAACCUGGCGUCAGCAGGCGAAGAAAUAGUGGCGGCAGAUGAUAUCUACGGGGGCACGGACCGGCUACUGUCGCAGGUGGUACCGAGGAGCGGGGUGACGGUCAAGCGUGUUAACACGACGGACUUGGACGCCCUGCGAGCGGCCAUCACCUCCAAGACGAAGCUCGUGAUGUUGGAAAGCCCCACCAAUCCCCGGCUCGUAGUUAGCGACCUCCAGGCAGUGGCAGACAUCGCGCACGAAAAGGGCGCCCUGGUAGUGGUGGACAACAGCAUCAUGUCGCCGCUACUGUCCAAGCCGCUGGAGCUGGGUGCGGACAUCGUGAUGCACUCGGCGACCAAGUUCAUCGCGGGGCACAGUGACGUCAUGGCGGGCGUGCUGGCGGUCAACGAUGACAGCCUGGCUGACGCUAUCUACUUCCAGCAGAACGCCAUGGGCGUCGGGCUGGCGCCGUUCGAGGCGUACCUGUGUUUGCGGGGGAUCAAAACGAUGGCGCUGCGAAUAGAACGGCAGCAGGCGAACGCGGACAAGAUUGCACGCUUCCUGGCGGGGCACCCCCACGUGACACGUGUCAACCACGUGGGGCUCCCGGACCACCCGGGCCACGAACUGCACUUUCGACAGGCCAAAGGCGCGGGGUCCGUCUUCAGUUUCCUCACCGGCUCGCUCCCUCGUUCCAAGCACGUCGUUGAGUCAACCAAGCUUUUUAAGAUUGCGGUCAGCUUCGGAAGCGUGCAUUCGACCAUCAGCCUGCCGUGCUUCAUGUCGCACGCCAGCAUACCUGCGCACAUCCGCGAGGAGCGAGGGCUUACGGAAGACCUGAUACGCCUUUCGAUUGGGAUCGAAGACGUCGACGACCUUAUAGCCGACUUGACGCGUGCUUUUGACAGCGCACCAAAGUCCUGAGUCCAAGAACACUCGGAAAGGGGUUGCUCUCAGAAACUUACACUUGUUACGAGGUGACGGAAAAGUAUUUUUGCCGCUCGCUAUCCAAUGUGGAUGUCGCAUGUGACGGAUAGGAUGCCAAGAAAAACGUUAAUCUCAGUUACUUUGAUUCCUGCCAGGACUGAGAGACCACCUCCAUCUAACUGUGCGACUCUUGGGUUGCUGAUAGUGUGGAGAGCUUGCAGUAUGUCUUCCAAGUUUGCCACCUCCGGGCACCGUUGACAUAGUUCAUCCUUGCAACAGGCCAUUCGCCCUUUGAGCUUCGCCUCGAGUUUGCUUGGUCGCACUUGGGCCUGGCCAGUGCACACACGUAUAUAAUAGAUUUUGAAACGCAGAAUUACACGCAUAUGAUCAAAGGACAAACUGA